AAAAGUAUUUCAGUCAGUCAGCUCUAAAUGGGAAAUUUGCCCCAAGUGGCAUUUUCUUUUUCAAUGUAAAAGUACACUGUCUCUACACAGGAAGAACAUAAAGCUCUGUUUGUUUAUUACAACCUCAACUAGUGACAACCAGAGUUUACUAAUGUAACCCCGGUUCUAUGAACCAAGUGCACAUUUCCUCUCGCACCCACCCCUGGUCUGGGAGACCCUGCAUUAGUGAGACCAACUGGGUACAUUCAGUCUGGUUCAGUUGUGCAUCAGAAUGGCUACCAUGUUUCAUCGUCCAAUCUAUCGUUGUGAACCAAAUCAUUAAAAGAGAAUAGAUUUAGUCAUAUUCAUUUCACUGAAUCUCUCAAUGGGCCUUGUAAAAGUGUACCGUAUAACUGCACUGGGGAUUACAGUUAUAUGGCAGUGUUUCCCAACCCUGGUCCUCCAGUACCACCAACAAUACAGUUUAUUAUAGCCCUGGACAAACACACCUCACUCAACUCUUUGAGGGCCUGAUGAUUAGUUGACAAGUUGAAACAGGUGUGCGUGUCCAGGGUUACAAGAAAAAUGUGUACUAUUUGGGCUACUCCAGGGUUGGGGGAAACGCUGCAUAACUGACUCUGUAAUCUCUGUUGCAUGGUGUUAUCAAGUUGAUGCAGAAAAACCUGCUUUUCUAAGCACUGCCCUCCGAAUAGUAGAUUGAUGCACACAAAGAAGUCUCUCCUAUUGUGAGUGGAGAAAGGAGAGGAAGUGUAUGAGGUAAACCGUGCUUUAGGACAAGACCAAUAUCCAGAGACAUUCAGACGGGGGAAUACUGGUAUAUCUGAGAUGGCAAAGCCUCCACCUCUGGUGUCCCACCCCAGGAACAUCUGUAUGGGCAAGCCUGAGGAGAGUGAUCCCCAGAGGAGAUGGAGUUAUGGUCCCUCUCCCCCCAGACCCAUCUGUCCCAGGGCUUGGUGAAGGCAGACCUCCACCUCCAGUGCCCCACCCCAGGAAAAUCAAUAUGAGCAAGCCUGAGGAGAGUAAGCCCCAGAGGAGAUGGAGCUAUGAAGCCAGAGGCUCCGCCCAGAAACCGCCCCCUGUGACCCAGAAUAAGUGGUCGGUGGGAAGGAAUCCUCCACAAGAAGGUGGUUGUGACCCUCCGGAUGGGGGGAGUGUGUCUGAAUUCAUUAAGAAGUUUGAAGCUAAAGAGGACCCGAACAAGCAGCUGGUGGUGUGUUGUCCUGUUGGCCCGCCUGCCGUCAUUUACAGGGAGGACUCCGUUCACCCUCUCUAUCAAAAGGUUUUGGCUACGCAGGAAACUCGUACGUUUGGGUCACCUGCCUUCGUUGACAGAGAAGAAUCCAAUGACUACAUCUAUGAAGAGGUUUUUGCUACGCAUGAGACUCCUACGGUAACAGUUCAACAACGGAUAUGUGCAACCUAUGUUCACUGUGUAAGGCCACCUCCUCCAUUGCCGUUAAAGCAGUCACUCCCUCUGAAAGGCAGAAUCAAAACACUCUCAAAAAGCAGCAUUAGUGAAGAGGAAAAAGAUAACAUCAAGGAUGCAGAUGGUCUGAUGGAAUGGUGGGAGAAGGUGAAAAGUGAACCAUGGAACGAUCUGUCUAAAGACCCUAAACUGGCCAAGAAGGGAGAAGCAAAACUGUUCAAAGAGAAAGCCCAGCGGUUCCAGAAUGCAUUGCAGUUGUACAACCUCCUCCUGACUAAGCAUGGGGAGACCCUAAAGAACCACAUCAUUGACCUCAUCAGCAUCGCAGACAACUUAGACAAGGUUUCCAAGGGAACCAAGAUUGCUGGCAUCACCGGGGGUGCCACGGGGGCGGUUGGAGGGGUGGCGGCUGCAGCAGGGGUGAUCCUCGCCCCCUUCACCCUAGGGGCAUCACUGGCCUUGACAGUGGUCGGUGUCGGUGUAGCUGCAGCUGGAGGGGUCACAGGGGCCUCUGCAGCUAUUGCUAACAAAGUGAGCAGUGCACAGGACAGGAAGAAGAUUGAGUUGAUCCUCCAGGACUACCUGGCCCUGAUGGGUGACAUUGAAGCCUGCUUGAGGUUCAUCAACGUGGGCAUGGAGCACCUGAGGAAGCACAACCUCUCAACCCUCCAGGAGGUCGACACAGAGGCCGUCAGAGUGGUCAGGGUGGCCAUAGUGACAGGAGUGGGUAGUUCCAGUGCCAUAGAUGCCAGCAGUAAGGCAUCAGGGAUGCUCCAAGGCUUUGCUCUAGGCAUGGAUAUCUAUUUUACCCAGAAGGAGGAUGGCAAAGGUGGCCCGAAGCUGAAGAAGGGAUUGGAGUCCAAGUUUGGGAGAAAGAUACGCGAAGUGGCUCAGCAGCUGAAUGAAGGGCUGGAUGAAGUGAUCAAGGUCAAAUAUGAGCUAGUUGAAAAUAAUCUCAUCCUCUGAAGAAAGGGAAAGGGGGAUACCUGGUCAGUUGCUCAACUGAAAUGUCUUCCGCAUUUAACCCAACCCCUCUGCCUUAAUCGACAGCCCUACACACACAAACAUGUGGCUUCCUCAAGGCUUCUUUGGGAAGGGUGAUGGUUCCAGUGAUAUUUCUGAUGUUGGUGGCGGCUCAUUGGACUUGAUGUUAUGCGAUUACAUGAUUAAGGUCAGUGUCUUGUGAAGUGAGACUGGUUGACAGUCAGUAGUUCUCAACUCUCUCCUCAGGGACCCUGAGCAGUUCCAGAGCUAGCAUACUUGAUUCUGUUAAUGGACACAAUAGUAAAAACCGAUUAAAUUUUAAAAAUAUAACAUUGCUAUUAACCAGAAUAAAUAACCUUUUGAGAUCAUUCUCCAUGAAGUUUCUAUACAUGACCAUAAGGGUUGUAACCAUAACGGAACCCUUUGUCUAAAACUUUUUAGAAAUUGUUAUUUAUAGAACAUUUUGGUAUGUUGUCUACCAGGUUUCAGUUCACUACCAGGUUUCAGAAUCACUGCAACAUUUUCCAUUGUCAAAUCUAUUGUCAUAUAAACCAAUGUUGUGAAUAAAUAAAUAAUUAGAAGACAUAGAUUUAGUCAUGUUCCUUUUUUUCAAAUUUCAAUUAAUCUCUCAAUGGAUCUUGUAGGACUGUAUAUUAUAACUGGUAAUGUACUCUCCGGUGCAAUGAUCAGGGCCGGUCCUCCCUCUAGGCAAAAUUAUGCCCGGCACUUGAUUUUUGGGGAGGCAUUUUGACAAUUGGUUGCCGCCCUCUGGCGCCCCUGAUCGGCUACUACACCACCCGCGGCAUCCCAGCCACCGGCUCAUAGCGUUGCUGCUGUUCCCGCCCCCCACCCCAUUCCUGCUUCUCCCGAAUCCCACUAUCCUUGGUGGUGAUAUGUUUAUGGGAUUAUCAAAUUGUGAAACAUUUAUAAAAAUGAAUCUGCCAAUUAAAUGUUUGUUUUAAAAUAUAUU